AUGCCUGAAAGAAGCAAACCCAAAUUUGAGGGCACAAAGCGAUCAUGGAUAAGCUUCCGCACCGAUCGGAUCUGCUUAAAGGUAAUUGAAUAUUCCUUUGUUGCUUUAAUUUUGUUUUUCACGUAUUACACACAACACCCAACAGUCGCGCAAGAAUUGAAGUUACUUAAGAUGCCAUCUUUUCGUCAACAAAUUUACAAUCCUUUUUUAUUUGAAGUCACUUGCUAUGACUAUGCUACAGAUUUCGAAUAUAAGAUGUUUUUUGCUGCACGGCUAGUGGAUUGGUUGAUUGGGUGUUGA